GGGCGGGAAAGGAUUACACGGAUUAUACAUCCUCGUUCAUUCAGAAAAAACUAUACAUCCAUAUCCUUCAAUUAUCCAAAACAAAGAAAUGUAUUCAGAUUCAUAUCCCAUUUCCUGCAGUUCAAAUGGGGAUAAAGGGUUUGACGAAGCUAUUGGCAGAGAAUGCGCCGAACGCGAUGAAAGAGCACAAAUUCGAAAGCUAUUUUGGACGGGAAAUUGCAAUUGAUGCUAGCAUGAGCAUUUACCAGUUCCUUAUUGUUGUUGGAAGACGCGGUACUCAAACGCUUACUAAUGAAGCUGGUGAAGUCACAAGUGAAUAUAGACACUACUGGCAAAUCAAUAAUUGGUGCUUCCUUAGUCAUUUGCAAGGGAUGUUGACGAGGACAAUCCGACUCUUGGAAGCUGGAAUAAAGCCUGUCUACGUUUUUGAUGGUACGCCUCCUGAUUUAAAGAAAGAAGAGCUUGCAAAGAGAGUCUUAAAAAGGGCUGAUGCUACAAACGACCUACAUGAUGCGCUGAAGAAAGGCAAUGCGGAGGAUAUCGAAAAAUAUAGCAAAAGAACAGUAAAAGCCACUGAUCAGCAUUAUGAGGACUGCAAAAAGCUUCUCAGGCUUAUGGGUGUACCUGUGGUCGAGGCUCCUUGCGAAGCAGAAUCACAGUGUGCUGCACUUUGCAAAGAAGGCAAAGUUUAUGCUGUCGCGUCUGAGGAUAUGGAUUCCCUGGCUUUUGGGGCUCCCCGAUUUCUCCGCCAUUUGAUGGAUCCUUCAUCCAAAAGGACCCCUGUGGUCGAAUUUAAAGUCUCAAAGGUUUUGGAGGAAUUGAACCUUACAAUGGAUCAGUUUAUUGACCUUUGUAUACUCUCUGGUUGUGAUUAUUGUGAGAGCAUUAGAGGGAUUGGAGGGCUGACUGCCUUGAAAUUAAUCCGCCAGCAUGGCUCACUCGAGCACAUUCUUGAGAACAUUAAUAAAGAAAGAUACCAAAUACCGUUUGAUUGGCCAUAUCAGGAAACACGAAAGCUCUUUAGAGAACCAUCAGUUUUGACUGAUGGCAAUCAACUUGAGCUAAAGUGGAGAGAUCCAGAUGAAGAAGGCCUGGUCAGAUUUUUGGUAAAUGAGAACACUUUCAACAGGGACAGAAUAAGUAAGGCAAUAAAAAAGACCAAAACUGCCAUGGACAAGUUGCCCCGGAGCUGGUUGGAAUCAUAUUCCAAACCAGUUGGCGUCUCUGUACCUGCUAAAGGAGAGGUUGCUAGAUGCAGUCUUGCAGUUCCACAACGAGCAAUCAAGCUGAUGACGCUCCAUCUUGGAGGACCCUGUGGUUCAAGUCUUAAGGGUGUUGUCUGCAUGAGCCUCCCAUCUGUGGCUAUGCACACAAAGCUCUCCAUGCAUAAAAUUUAA